AUGCUCGCAGCUGUCAUGUCGCACAGCGUGUCGCUGACAACUCACGAGGCGCUUUCCGGUGUCUUCGGCUCAAUCUCGCUGGCUUCGUGGAUCUUUCUGUUGGUCCCGCAACUAAUCGAAAACUACAAGUCAUCCUCCGCUGAUGGCAUCUCCCUCGCCUUCCUCGUCGUCUGGUUCGUCGGCGACAUAACCAACCUUGCCGGCGCCCUCUGGGCAGGCCUCGUCCCCACCGUCAUCGCCCUCGCAAUCUACUUCUGCUUCGCAGACCUCGUCCUCAUCUCGCAAUGCGUCUACUACAACAUGAAGAACUCGCGCCGCGGGGAGCGCAAAACCUCCGUGCAGUCUACAAACAGCGUUGAGGCGCCCCUGCUGGGCAGACGCGAUAGCAGCAACGUCGGUCUGCCGGGAAGCCACAGGCGCGAUUCUGCAGCUAGUCGCAGGCGGCGCGCGAGUUCGCUACCUACGAUUCCGGAUGUGGGCGAUGGCGCGAGCGAGUGGGUUAAGAAUGCGCUUAGCAUCGUGGGUGUCUGUGUCGUUGGUGCUGCAGGCUGGGCUAUCGCGUGGAAGACUGGUGUGUGGGUUCCGCAGCCUCAGCAUAAUACGGAGGACACCACGGACAACCCUGUUGGUGCCAUGAUCUUGGGAUACGCGAGCGCCGUGGCUUAUCUUGGAGCGCGCAUUCCUCAGAUCAUUAAGAACCAGAGGGAGAAGUCCUGCGAGGGCUUGUCGCUGCUGUUCUUCAUGUUGAGUCUUUUGGGCAAUGCUACGUAUGGUGCAGGGAUUAUCUUCCACUCGCAGGAGAAAGAGUACAUACUCACGAACCUCCCCUGGCUCAUCGGCUCCCUCGGCACAAUGGUCGAGGACAUAACCAUCUUUAUCCAAUUCCGCGUGUUCGGCAACGGCGAGGCAUCUUCAGCCCUCGAGGCGUGA